AUGGCGGCUAAUAACACUGACACUAUCACCCAAAACAGAGCGAGGCCUAAGAAAAUCAUUCUUGAUAUAUCAGCAUCAUUUUCGCUAUCUGAAAUUUCGACUUCGAAAACCGAGAACUCUGAAGGCUUGAAAUUUGGAAUUAAUAGUAUCUGGGCGAUACGAAGAGUGAAUGAGAGGAAAGCAUCUCCAUCGACGAAAUCGAAAAUCGGAAUACCUGCUAUUGUAGCCGCGAUUGCGUCUGCGCCUACUACGACUGAGGAACCAAAAAAUACUGCCAUACCUGCGACAUCUACUGCGAUUGUCGCUAUAUCAGCUAGCACCGAUAGAGAAAGCGACGUGAGAUUGGACGAAGUGAUAGAUUCAUUGAAUUCGAAUAUGCCGGGAACACCAACCGCGAGAAAUCGAUCUUCUCUGAUCGCAAACGCAAACGCAAACACGAUGAUAGCUUCUCCAAUUCUCGCACAGGUACAGCGUGUUCAAAGUAUACGUUCUGCAUCUACUCACGAAUCUUCUUCCCCUCCGCCUUCUCAAUCGCCCAAAUCAAAGCCCUCCCAAUCGCAACCCAAACCCGCUCGAACAGCGACGAAAACUGCGAAAUCUGAGCUCCCUCUCAAAGCUCUGAAUCAAUCUAUAACCUCGCGGCUGACCACGCCCUCUGGCGCGCGCUCUAUGGGUAGAGGAAAACCCCUGCCGGGAAAUUAUCAGAGUGUUGCGAGGAGAGUUACGAUGACGAUUGUGGCAUUGCCUAUACUGUUUGUUACGAGUUGGGUGCUUUGGGAUAGACUAGUUCUAGGUCAAGAAAAGAAAUCACUUCUCCACGAUCCGCCUAUGGUACCUGGACCACCAAUGGCUGCGGAGAUGGAAGCUCGGAAUAAUAGAGAAUAA